CAAUUCCCCCAGCGGUUUUCUUCUUUUUGUCUGCGUCUUCUCCUUCCCCCAGCCACCUCAUCUCACCGUCGCUCCGAUUCCUUUCCCCUCUCAUCACCCCGUCCCGACUUCUCAACCGUCCCUCUCCUCUCUCCCCUCUUUGCUUUUCGCUUUAUCCCUUUUUCAUUGUGGCUUCCUUAAUUCCUCCUAAACCCAUCGUUUACUUAUCCUCAGACGUAACCGUUUUAUCUCAUUUCUCACGCCAAUCUCUCUUCGCACUCCUCCCUCCCCAUUCUCGUGAUCGCUUAUAACAUGAUGCUCCUGAUCGUCUCUGCCUCCGCCGGCUUCACCUCCGCCCUCCAAUCCGUUCGUCUUUCGUAUUAAUUCCCAAUGCAUCCCUUUUGCUGCGUCUCCGCCGUUUCUGAUCAGUCUUCGCCGGUCAAACCCUCUCCUGCUCCCUUCCCUAGCUUCCACAUGCCUCCUCCUCUUCCCCCAGCCGCCCCUGCCUCUGCCAUUCGAUCCGAUUCGAUUCCCCGCUCGAAUAACCACAACCACACCCUUAGUAAUCACGGCUUCGGCGAGUAUGGACGGCUCAGUCCGCGAGAGCAGCAGCAACCGGCGGUAGAUGUGAAGAUCAAUGACUUGGUCGGGAAUGGAAUCUCGGGGAUAUUGUAUAAGUGGGUCAAUUACGGUAAAGGCUGGAGACCUCGAUGGUUCGUUCUUCAAGACGGCGUACUUUCUUACUAUAAGAUCCACGGGCCCGAUAAGAUCAUCGUCAAUAAAGAAACAGAGAAGGGUUCCAAGGUCAUUGGCGAAGAAUCCAUGCGAAGGAUCUCGCGCAACCGCAAUUCUCAUCAGCAGUCCCUCCAUCGACGAAAGCCCUUUGGAGAAAUCCAUCUCAAGGUUUCGACUAUUCGCGAAAGCAGGUCGGAUGACAAGCGUUUUUCCAUUUUCACUGGAACUAAGAGACUCCACUUGAGGGCCGAGACCCGUGAAGAUCGAGUGGCAUGGGUGGAGGCAUUGCAGGCAGUGAAGGAUAUGUUCCCGCGAAUGUCCAACAGUGAGCUGAUGGCUCCGUUAGACUAUCUAACGAUUUCAACUGACAAACUGAGACAACGGCUUCAGGAAGAAGGUGUGAGUGAGGCAGCCAUCCAAGACAGUGAACAAAUUAUGAGAAGUGAAUUUGUAGCGCUACAAAAUCAGCUUGUGCUGCUGAAGCAGAAGCAGUUCAUUCUCAUGGACACGUUACGACAACUAGAGACAGAAAAAGUUGAUCUGGAGAAUACAGUUGUUGAUGAGAGCCAAAGGCAGUUGAAUGAUGAAGAGGCUUUUUCCAGACUAAAGCAUGAAAAGUAUAGCGAAGGAAGUGCAAGUGAAUCUGAGGAUUAUAAUGAGAGAAAUGAUGCUGCAGAGGAAGAAACAGAUGAUGAUGAAAAUGCCUUUUUUGACACACGCGACUUUCUAUCAUCCAGUUCUUUUAAAAGUAAUGGGUCUGAUUAUAGGGUUUCAUCUUUCUCUUCAGACGAUGAAGGGCUUUAUGCGAUAGAGUCAGACGAGGACAUAGAUCCAUCAAUAAGAUCAGUUGGAACCAGCUAUCCCUAUGUUAAACGGCGCAAGAAAUUGCCUGACCCUAUUGAAAAAGAAAAAGGCGUCAGUCUUUGGUCAAUGAUUAAGGAUAAUAUUGGAAAGGAUCUAACUAAAGUAUGUCUUCCUGUUUAUUUCAAUGAGCCUCUUUCGUCUUUGCAAAAAUGUUUCGAAGAAAUGGAGUACUCAUAUCUCCUGGAUCGAGCAUAUGAAUGGGGGAAACGGGGUAAUAGCCUCAUGAGGAUUCUUAACGUGGCUGCUUUUGCUGUAUCCGGCUAUGCCUCAACUGAAGGAAGAAUUUGCAAACCAUUUAAUCCUUUACUAGGGGAAACAUAUGAGGCUGAUUACCCAGAUAAAGGCCUUCGUUUUUUCUCAGAGAAGGUUAGUCAUCACCCUAUGGUAGUUGCAUGUCACUGUCAAGGUACGGGUUGGAAAUUUUGGGGAGACAGCAACUUAAAGAGCAAAUUUUGGGGCCGAUCAAUUCAGCUUGACCCUGUUGGUAUUUUGACUUUGGAAUUUGAUGAUGGGGAAGUUUUUCAGUGGAGUAAGGUGACAACGUCAAUAUACAAUCUCAUAUUGGGGAAGCUGUACUGUGAUCACUAUGGAACAAUGCGUAUACAAGGAAACGGAGAUUACUCAUGUAAACUGAAAUUCAAGGAGCAAUCUAUAAUUGAUCGAAAUCCCCACCAGGUGCAUGGAAUAGUUGAAGAUAAAAAUGGAAAAACAGUGGCAACCCUUUUUGGAAAAUGGGAUGAAAGUAUGCAUUAUAUUUCUGGAGACUUUGCUGUGAAGGGAAAAGGUUAUGAGUCUUUGUCAGAAGCACGAGUCCUGUGGAAGCGGAGCAAGCCUCCAAAGUAUCCUACUAGAUAUAAUUUCACUCGCUUUGCCAUCACAUUAAAUGAACUGACAACUCGAUUGAAGGAGAAGCUGCCACCAACUGAUUCCAGGUUGAGGCCAGACCAAAGGUACUUGGAAAACGGGGAGUAUGAAAUGGCAAAUUCAGAAAAGUUGCGACUAGAGCAGCGGCAACGCCAGGCUCGGAAGAUGCAGGAGAGCGGUUGGAAACCACGGUGGUUCGCCUUAGACAAGGCAAGCGGCACUUACCGCUAUUUGGGAGGGUAUUGGGAAGCCAGGGAACGAGGAAAUUGGGAAUCUUGCCCUGACAUUUUUGGUCGAAUCCCCUCUGACCAUCCUUCUGAUUGAGAGCCUAAUUUUCUUUCAAUUUUUUUCACCAUUUUUUCCGUCCGAAGGGUGCUCCAUGACUGCUAGUUGGCAGUUAUUGUGCCCUGCAAUAUUCAUGUAAUAAUGUAAUCUCCCCUCCAUUUUUUGCCCCUCGAUUCUUUUUUUGUGCGCAUUAAUCAUUAUUAAUUUGUUUUAUUGGG